CAGACUUUGUCUCCUUGAAGGUUCAUUUGUGGUGUUGCACUUAGCUGUGCAACACAACUCUGCCGAGUUCUUUCCUUUGCUGUGUUUGCGUUCCUCUAUUCCCUGAUGGCCACCACCGUCUACAUCUUCUUCCAGAACAAGUACCACGGAAAACAACCGAGGACCACUCAUUGACUUUGUAGUGACUGUGGUGUUUUCCUUCAUGUGGCUCGUGAGCUCCAGACCAACAAGUGUGGCUCUGUGCACGGAUCACGCUGGUCCGGUCUCAACACCUCAGUGGUUUUCGGGUUUCUCAACUUUGUUCUGUGGGCUGGAAACAUCUGGUUUGUCCGGUUUGACCGGUUGGCACAAGGGUGCUUCAAGGUUGGCAGGUGGGGCGGCACCUUUAACCAGCAGCCCUACAACCAGGGAAGCUUUGACCAGUCGGGGAGCUACUGCAUUGACCUCAUAGACUGAAGAAGUCUUCACCAUGAACAGUCUGAACGAACAGUAUGAGGAGAAGGUGCGUCCCUGCAUUGACCUCAUAGACUCUCUCCGCUCUCUGGGGGUGGAGAAGGACUUGGCGCUGCCUGCUAUCGCCGUGAUAGGAGACCAAAGCUCGGGGAAGAGCUCCGUGUUGGAGGCGCUGUCAGGAGUGUCUCUGCCGAGAGGAAGUGGCAUUGUGACAAGAUGUCCUCUUGAACUAAAGAUGAAGAGAAGGAGAGAAGGAGAGGAGUGGUAUGGAAAGAUAACCUACCAGAACCACGAGGAAGAGAUAGAAGAUCCUGCCAAUGUGGAGGAAAAGAUUCUGGAAGCCCAGGAUGAAAUGGCCGGGGACGGUGUGGGGAUCAGCGAUAACCUGAUCAGUCUGGAGAUCGCCUCUCCUAAUGUCCCAGACCUGACGCUCAUUGACCUGCCUGGCAUUACCAGGGUGGCUGUAAAUGGACAACCAGAGAACAUUGGUGAUCAGAUAAAGAGACUGAUCCAGAAGUUCAUCACAAAACAAGAAACCAUCAGCCUGGUGGUUGUUCCAUGCAGCGUGGACAUAGCAACCACAGAGGCUUUGAAGAUGGCACAGGAGGUGGAUCCGGAUGGAGAGAGGACUUUGGGUAUCUUGACCAAGCCUGAUCUGGUGGACAAAGGCACAGAAGAGACGGUGAUUGACAUUGUCCAUAAUGAGGUCAUCCACCUGAAGAAGGGCUACAUGAUCGUCAAGUGCAGGGGUCAGAAGGAGAUCGCAGAGAAGGUGUCUCUUACUGAAGCAAUAGAAAGAGAGAGAGCCUUCUUUACAGAUCAUGCACAUUUCCACACUCUCUUUGACGACGGCCAUGCCACUGUUCCUAAACUGGCUGAGAAACUCACACUUGAGCUGGUGCAUCACAUUGAGAAAUCUCUGCCUCGACUGGAAGAGCAGAUAGAGAAGAAACUAGCACAGACUCAGGCAGAACUGGAAAGAUACGGCACUGGACCCCCAUCUGAUGCAGCUGAAAGACUCGUCUACCUCAUUGAUAAAGUGACCGCAUUCACGCAGGAUGCCAUCAAUCUGGCUACAGGAGAACUACUAAAUUGUGGAGACAAACUCAAUGUCUUUUCUGUGCUCAGAAGAGAGUUUGAGAAGUGGUACACACACCUGCACCACUCAGGAGAAAACUUUAAUGGAGAAAUUGAGAAGGAGGUGGAAUUUUAUGAGGAGACGUAUCGUGGGAGAGAACUGCCGGGCUUCAUCAACUACAAGACCUUUGAGGUCAUGGUCAAGCAGCAGAUCAAACAGCUGGAAGAACCAGCUAUCAGGAAACUCAAGGAUGUUGCAGAUGCUGUUAGGAAAGAGUUCUUACAGCUGGCCCACUGUAGUUUCUGUGGAUUUCCUAACCUUAUGAAAACAGCCAAGGCAAAGAUUGAAGCCAUAAAGCAAGAAAAAGAGGCCAUUGCAGAGUCCAUGCUAAGAACACAGUUCAAGAUGGAAAUGAUUGUUUACUCCCAGGACAGAACCUACAGCAACAGCUUGACUGUUGCGCGAGAGAAAGAUGAGAAGGAAGACAAACGAAAAAGCACAAAAUUUUACUGCACGGAUAGUCGUGCAACACUCAAACAGUUGAUGCUUCACCUUAAGUCAUAUUACAAUAUUGCCAGCCAGCGUCUUGCUGACCAGAUCCCACUGGUGAUUCGCUACCUGAUGUUGCAGGAGUUUGCCAUCCAGCUUCAGAGGGAGAUGCUCCAGAUAAUCCAUGAUAAGGAGAAUUUGGAGUUCAUGCUGGAGGAGGACUUUGACAUUGGCAGCAAGAGGACUGCUUUGCGGAAACGCUUCAGUCGCCUCAUGAAGGCCCGUUCAUACUUGGUCAGGUUCUAGAGGAGGUCAAGGCCUAACAGCAUGGGUCUACUAUACCACUUUUACCACGUUCUACAAUUAAUUUUUAUUUUGUCCAGUGUGGAACAGACAUAUUUGCUUUAGAUGUAACAGCCAAGUCAGAACAGGUUAUUGUUGUUUUCAGAGGGAAUGUCUGUUAAGGAUCUCAGUCGUUCAUGUCAUGGUUACCCAACGAGAGUUGAAUCAAGGGCAACUGGACUUGGUUGUAGAUACUUGAAGACAUUUCACCUCUCAACCAAGAAUCUUGUACUGUUCUGAUUGACUGAUUUUUAACACCUGUAGGGUCGUUUUCAAGGCCAUCAAUGCGACUCAGUUUGUUUGUACUCCUUU